GAAGGUUGUCGACCUCCUUGAGCGCUAUGAUGCAGCGAAGGCGUGCUUCGCUGCGGAGGUCGUGCCGCGCUUUGCCGCACCAGCCACCGCCGUGGAGGUGGAUGAGGCCUUGCAAACCUUGGCCGCUCAGCGGGAGGCCCAGGCGGCGCAGCAUCGGAGGGAUGCCGAGAUGGGUCGACCGGUGGCAGAGCUCCUAGAGCGGAGCGAGAUGCGUCUCCAGGAGCUGCGGGAAGCGCAACAGGUCUCUUCGGAGUGGCACUGC